AGGCGCACAUAUAUGAAUUAUUGUGGGUAACCAUGGCAGAAAAAGAUAAUGCUAAGUAGAACUGAUGCUGAUCCGAAUUUUUUAAUUCCGCGACAGACUUAUGAAAUGUUGCUGUCUCCGAAAAUAGACCAUGCGAAAAUGAAUAAAAUAUUAUGUUGUCUACGCCAACACUAGCUUUAAAAUCGCAUGGUUAAGUAUUCGCACACCACACGGCACAUAUAGAUAAGUGAUAUUGUACGAUGUAAGCAAGCAUAAAUAAUGUAUAACAUGCUUAACAUUUGCGUUUCACUGAUGUGACACUGAUGUAUAGUAAUUGUGGACACUUGGCAAACAUGGCUACAUGUAUUCAUCAGAGAUGCUAUUGACAUAUAUUUGCAACAAAUAUUACAACAUUAAUUGGUAUGCAGUUAGAGAAUACUAAAUGAGAAGCAUCCAAGUCGACGAAUCUUGUGCCACCAGAAAUACAAUAUGGAGAGACGUCUCUCAAUACAAAAACUGGUGUUAGGAGUGACCAUGGCCGUAGCUGUGUAUGGGAUUAUCGUAACUUACCAACUCUUUGCCACUUACAGGGAAUUUUACAUGAAACACACCAGUGCUGAAAAUGUCAAUAACAUUGCUAAAACAGUCAAUUUAAUAGAAAAUUCUCAGAUGCUGAAUCAGCCACAGGAUGAGGGGGGUAUGCCCAUUGUAAAUUUUACCGAUAUGAGUUUUUUUAUGCAAGAUAAACAACCGGCGCAGGACCAGAGCGGACAAAGUCCAGGCUUAAGUGAUGCUUUACUACCCAACCUCCUACAAAACACAGGAAACGAAGGGUUUGGUUCCGCCAUUGACACUUUAGCCCAAGGUGAAGGUCAGGGUAGUUUUCAGAGAGUCGACACCUUCGGCCAAUCAGUAGAUGAGAACAAAGGAAACGUUGAAGCAAAGUCCAUGCUCCCUGUUGAGGGAUUAGAGGCCUUAGAAACUUUGAAACGACCCAUAGGCAUCCAUAAAGUAUACCAGUGCUAUCCAAAGACUCACGUAAAAGUCACAAAAGUACACAGGUGCGCCUCCACCACCGUCGGCAACAUAAUUCUUACCUUUGCCUUCUUACACGAUUUAAGUGUUGCGACGCCUAGCGUUGUUCGUUCGCUAGAUCAGAAUGGGGACCAUUUGUUCAAAUAUGACGUCAUUACCCAGUUUGGUUACCAGAAUGACGAGUUGUUGCGUAAAAUGAUGGACAGUGACGUCAUUUCUGUUGGUUUCAUCCGAAAUCCUCUGGCACAAUAUGUCUCAUCUUUGCAUUAUCACAGAGGCAAGAUCCAGUCCCAGUUGCAGUCAAAUAAUUUUCUAAAAGAAUUCAUGACAAGAUAUCAAAUAUUGAAAACUGUGCAGCAACUGCCACCUGGAUUGAAACGAAACAACAUUGCCAAUGAAUUUGGAUUUCGCGAAGAAGAUUCUGAUAAUGAGAUAGCAAUUCAAGAGUUUAUGGAACGAGUAGUAAAUAUGUUUGAUAUCGUAAUUUUAGUGGAAUAUUUUGACGAAAGUUUAGUUUUAAUGAAGCGAAUGCUUUGCUGGGAUUUUCAAGACAUAGUAUACGAAAGUAGACUGACAUCACAGUAUUCAUACGACCAUUUAAUCGACAAUGAACUCUUGGAAAUGCACAGAAACUGGAGUUCAUUGAACUAUAAACUGUAUGAUUAUUUCCAGCAAAGAUUUGUCCAGCAAGUGCAGGCACAAGGCAAAGACUUUUUUGAAGAGGUAAAAAUGUUUAAGAAAACAAACGAAGAACUGUCCACAUACUGCAAACAAUGUUCCUACACUUUACUGCCCCACCCUGCUACUAAGCCUGCGUUCCAUGCGGAUGCCACCCCCUGGUCCAUGGAGAUGACUGUUACCUGUCCUUUCUGCUGGAUUAUGAAAAAUGCAAGAAAGGUGUUUCAAGGUUGACAUUUUUUAUGCUUUAAUGCUUUUGAGGAUGAUAAACGUGAACGCUACAACAUCACUUGUCGCCAAAUCUAAAAGCCUUGAUUUUUCUAUUUCUUAUCUUUUUAUAAACACUUUGGAUGCAUACAUUUGGAUUCACGAGAGAUUUGAUUCCAAUAUAAAAAAUAAACAGUUAAGUACCACCGGCCAGUAUCUUUUAAAUUCCGUAUAUCGUCUAUGAACGGGGUUAUUAUAUACAUAAGUGCAGUUACUAUCACGUUUACAGUGCGUGUCAUAUUAUUGCCGCUCAGCAGUGAUUGUAAAGAUAAAUGAAAACAAUGAAUGGACUUUCCUGGGGCCAUCGAUAGAGACAAAUUAUUAGUCGAUUUGGCUUUAGCUGAAGGAAACAUUGCGUAACUUGUAUUAACAUAACGCAUAAAACUACACUUUUUGGACAAUAAAAAAAAAUAAAACGCCUAAUACUGGACAUCGUUGAUAACGCAUCUUCGUAAGCCCAGUAUUAUAUUUGUUUUUGUUUUUUUUCAUAUGUGAUAUUGAUCACUCUACCGGAUGAGCCAGAACACCAAAUCUACUGAUAUUUACCAAUGAUGCAGAAUUGUCGUCCUUGGAAAUAGUAACUGUUAUCUAGAAAAAAGAAUAAAAAGAAUAGCUCCCACUAUAAAAAUCUACGUUUUGUCCAUUUGUGGAAGGUAAACGUAAAUCCGAAAAAGAAAUAGUAACAUCAACAAGGGUAGAUGAACGAUAGCUACACUCUUUGCUUAAAUUAUGAAUAUGUCGAAAGUUGAAAGCAUUAUGAUAACUUUUAUGUCGCAAAACCUUUGAUAUAGAAGGCUGUAGCAAUGACAACCAAACACAACUAAAUACAGUUGUAUACGCUUUGUAACAAAGCUGUGAGGAACACGUGCAUGUUCCAUUCUAAUCACUGGUUGUCAGGAACCACAGUAUAGAAAAAAGUGUAAUUAGUACUUUUAAAACUCAUUCAUGAUGUUGUAUUAACUCAAUCAGAGGAAGCCAUUGUUUGAUAAAAUUCAUACAUGGGAAGCCAAGUUGUAUAAGUAGCUUCAGAUAAUACUUCACACCUUGCAGUUCAAAUUUUAAUGUCCUUUGUUUCAAAGCUAGUAAUCUGCUAGACUUUGAUUACAGGGUGUUAUUAGGAGUGCCCACCAGGAGUGGGUGGACUUGUGUAUGAAGUAACCAAUCAGUUUUUAAGUUAUGUGAUUGACAAUUUAGUUGAUAAAGUUUGGUAUAAAAAUCUGUAAACUUAAAUCUAGAGGGGAGAGAAUAUAUAGAGAAGUGAGUGUAUAAUGUGGAGA